AUGGAGCCUCUUCCAGGAAGAUCACGCCUCGAGCCGAAGCCGCCGUUUUAUGCGGACAUCGAAGGCUCCCCUGACCGAAGACCCGAUACGCACGGUACAGAAGUAGAAGGAUCGUCAACCUCCAAGUCUUGGAAGAAACAGUUCCGAGCCCCGAAUCGUUACGGACAGACCUCCAUUCCCAAAACCGCUGCUUUCAGGUAUACAAACCGUGGAGUGGAUGUGGAGGCAUAUUCUUCCGAGCCGCAUCACCGUUCCACCGACGAGCUUGCUGUGGAAAGUGCGCAGAGAUUUGUUGAUCCUAUCGUAAGGAUCCAUCACAACUGGAAAUUGGUAAGCGCUCGGUUCGGCAAGCAUCUUGAACGCCAAGCGCACCUCUUUUUCAAGAAGAAGCCGGCGCUUUACGGGAAGCGUCUCGUGUAUCUAGCGCAAAGUCAACCGAAGCCUGCCGUCCCUAGCAACUUGCGUCCCGCGCUGAAGAAGCCUUCCGCUCAAGCGGUCUUACCCAGACUCAAGAAAAAAGCCGUUCUCAUCGAUACCCCUCAAGUUCGCCUUAUAUCCCCUCUUGGGUCCCCCUCUCCCGCACACGUGGCGACGACGGAACCGGUAAUUACGAUAAUUGCACCCGCACCCCCGCCUAGACGGGAUAGGCUACCCUUGGUGGUUAGGCCCCCUACGAUCAUUCUCUUUUCUGAGAACGCCGGUAUUGGUGACGAGCCUUUGGGCGGAAAACAACCCAGAGGCCGCAAACACCGAAGACAGAAUAACGAAGAAGAGUUUCAGUGGGAAGAAAAAGGCAGCAGCCUAGGAACCGAAAGUGUGGAAGCUCUGUCACAUGCUGGCAACGUGGAUCCACCUGAGGGACAAGUGGAACAAGGCAUGCAGACCGCAGUGAAAGCCGCCGCCAAGCCCAGUACGAUGACGACCAUUCUUGCACAUUUGGAGGGCACCCGUCAGUUGCCUGGCCAAAUUGCUGCCAUCGCUACACGGCGAAUCCGAUCUCUCUUUGAGCGCCGUCCUCACGACGAUGAAACUAGAAUCCCGCAACCUAAGAGAAGAAAACUUUCUGGCGAAGAUGAUCCCUCGCCAGAUGGCCCUACGCCAGACGCACCGACGGGAGAUGAACCUAGUCCAAAAGAACCGUCGGUGGAAGAACCCAUGCCUGACGAGUCUGCUCCAGAUGAACCUACUGCAGAUGAACCUCUCACUGACUGUGACCAACUGGCCACCUCGGGCAAGCCGGAUGAGGUUGCCUUGACCCCUAAAAACGCUAAGCAGGUGUGGACCUCACCAAAAGACCUAGCCCCUCUUGGAGAUGGAAUUUGUGAGCUCCUUGACCUUCUAUCCUCCAUUUACAGCGAUGUCGACCAUAGCUUUAAUGGCUCAGAGGGGCCUAAGACCCCUACAACAACCUUCAUUGCUGGAGAUAGCUUCCUCCCCUACCUCCAAUCACUCGUGUACAACGACGAGAAGGCUCCCCCCCUCGAUGGCAUAUCCUACUCUGAGAGGCGACUGCUCCUCUGCCGCGCGAUUAAGAAGGCGGAAUCCGUCUUGCCCAGGCUCUAUACUACUUUCGUCCUGUCUAUCAAGACGGCUCAACCCACACCAACAACCAACAUCCUACCAGAGCUAUUCAGCAGGACGGCGCAGAGAGAAUUCCGCUUCCUCAGAAGCUUUUUAUCAAAGCUUAGUGAUAUAUGCCACGAGACUAUAUCUCCUCAAUCUUUUCCCGACACAACGAUGGAAGUGGUGCUGAAGGAUCUAGAUGCCCUCGCCAACAAUAGGCUUAUGCCAAGCUUGUAUCGACUGGUGCCGAGUGCACCUCGAGAAACGCCGACGACUACAGCUGCUACCCCUAGUCCGAUCCCGCAAAUCGCCGACCCCGAAUCUCCCGCCCCGCCAAUCACACCAACCACGAUCACAUUACCGGGAAGCUUCCCUAUGGAGGAAGAGGAGGGUGAAGAGAAAGACGUCGACAUCAAGACCGAGAUCGGCGACGCAUCGAAAGAGAGCGAAGAGCAACUGCCACGCAAUCAGGCCCGGCCCCCCCAGCAAAAUCCGCCAUCAGACGAAGCGAUACGGUCUCGGCUAUUGACCAAGACGAGGGUACAGUUGAUCACAGAACGGGCCCGGAGAAUUGGGAAGCGCUACCAAGUCCUUCCCCGACGAACGUUUGAUGUUAGAACCCAAACCGACUUCGGGAGGGAGGCUAGCCCGGCCAUGGUUAGGCCUAUGCCACAAAUAAACAACCAAAAAAGAAAAGAAGCUGCCGCACCUCGGCCGUUGAUAGACCAGCGGACAAGGAUCCGCCUCUACCAAGAGAGUCAGAAGAAGAUUCGCAAGUCUUCCAAACCCUAUUUAUCUCCCCUGGAAUGUCAACUCUACCGGGCAGCAAAUGCUCAAUUUAACGGCGGUGAUCCUGGCGAACCCGACAAGGUCGUCCUGGCAUCCUCUCAGGAGGCACUCGCCUUUCUCUGGCGAAGUGGCAAAGACAAAUCUGCACGGUCUAUUGGAACCCCGGCGCCUGAUCCCAAGGACUUACUCAGCUGCUUUAGUUGGUGCCAGGCCAACCCCGAGGACCAGACUCACCCUCCAGAAACACUGGCGGAUGACCUCCCUAACGUAGUUGACGUAGUUGAGUCGUUGGGGGAGUUGAAGGUCUCGGAUCUUGUUUCCGACCGACAACGUCAGGAGCGAGAAGAAGAGGAGCGCAAGAAAGAGCUCGAGAGGCAGCGCGCAGAACAGGAAGAGCGUCGUCGAGCGGAAGAACAGCGCCUACGGGAGGAGCACGAACUUGCCCAACGGCUUCGCGCCGAGGAGGAGGCACGUAGACAGGGUCGCCUACGAGCACCGAACUGUCCAUUGUUCCCUCAGUUAUCACCCGAUUGGUCUGCGCGGGUACACGAUUCCUAUUCCAAACAUUCUCGGGGUGCCGUUGCAAAAUCUCUCGAAGCAGAGCUGCUCCAGCACGACUUUGCACGUCUCGUGCCGCCAACGGUUUGGCUCAACGACUCCGUGGUCAACGGCAGCCUUCUUUGGCUCGAUAAAUUCAUCAACGAGGCGGCGGGUGUGACUGAUGUCAAGGCGCAAACCCGCAAGUGUUUAGUUCUCGGAUCUUUCUUCUACAAACGGUUAAGCGACCAGGGAGUUACGCAAACAGAGCGCACACUUCGACGCCACGGCAUAAAUAAAAACAACUUUCUUGACAUGGAGAUACUCCUCAUGCCCAUCUGCGAGGGUAACCACUGGACGCUCAUGGUUAUCCACCCGAAACGGAGGACCAUCGCGCAUGUGGACUCCCUAAACCCGAGGGGUAGUGAGGCUCGGAUGGGCCUUGUUCAGCGGUGGAUCAAGGCUGUCCUCGGAGACUUGUUCGUCGAGAGCGAAUGGCGUUUUGUUAAGUACCCAACACCUGAGCAGACGAACGGAUAUGAUUGCGGGGUACACACGAUUUUGAACGGAAUGUGUCUGGCUCUCGGCCUUGAUCCCUUACAGACCUACUCUACGGACGAACUACCCUCACAUCGCGAAAAUAUUGCCGCCGUUCUCCUCAAUAGCGGUUUCAGAAACGAAUUCAGCCUCGCAGAAUGUUAG